AUGUUAUCAUUAUUAGUGCAGAUUGAGGGGCUAAUUGACUCUAUGAAUAUAAUAAACAAAUUAUUCCUAAUUAUAUAAUCGGUGACCUUGACAAUCUUAAACCAGAAAUUUAGAACUAUUUUUAAUCACAAGGUUGCUCAAUAAUUAAAAUUGAUAAUUAAGAUGUGUCAGAUUUUGAAAAAACUAUAUCUUAUAUUUAAUCAUCAGAAAAAUUCAUCAAAUCAUUAUUUUAGGUUGCUUAACUGAAAGAUUUGAUUAAACUAUUAAUUCAUUGCAUACUUUAGUUAAGUUUAAUUAAAUAAUAAGGAUUUAUUCAGUUGUUUGAUAUAUUAUUAAAGGAAUUCAUACUUCCAAUUCUCUGAGAUUGAAUAAAUUAAUGAGAUUAAUCUAUUUUCAUAAGGAAAUGAAAAGAGGAUAAAUACUAAAGGAUUGAAAUUCAAAAUAAAAUAAAAUAAUCCUAUAUAUAAAUUCAUAAGCAUAUCAAAUAAGGCUAUUGAAAACUAAAUUGAGUUCGAUUCCCUUGAUAACUUUUUCUUUGUGAUUUAAUUGAAAGAUGAGUACAUCUUGAUAUAUUUAUUGGCAAUCAUAACCAGUCAAAAUAACAAGUUAUCAUUUUAUUAAACUUAAGUACUGAAUCAUAAUAAAUAAUAUUAUUAUUUAUUAUUUGAUUAAUAUUACACUUAAUCAUGUGAUUUACAAUUCUUCUAUAAUUACAUUUUAUAAAUUAAUAUAUUAUUAUUUGAGUCAUAUUUCUAAUUUAAUUUUCCCUAAUAUUAUUUAUAUCUUAUUUAAUUAUUUAAAGAAUUUUUAAAAACGUUUUGGAAACCCUUCAAAAAGAAAAUUACUUUUGUUAAACUACCAUAAUGA